GGUCUUUUCAUCUGCUUUCCACAUGCAAAAUCAGACAAUUCAGAUUCCCUCAGAACACCAAUAACCGCUUCAAUUCCAUGGAAAAUUCGUCAUUAUGAUCUCUCCGACUCGAGGCCUCGUCAUGAGAGCCUGUCGUAUCCAGCGCCGUUUCGCGAGCUCUACUCCUCGAACUCCCCGCCCUAAUAUAAAAACCCCAACGUCUCGCCCUCCACCCAAGAUCUCAAAAACCUACAAACCAAAGCCUCAGCCUCCUCCAUUCACCUCAGAUUCGUCGACUUCGGCAACCCCUGCACAAGCCGAAACCCUCCGCGAUCUCUGGGCAUCGACAUGGCUCCCUCUGACAGGCGCAGCCCUUCUCGCCGGCGCCCUCGGCUUCUACAUCUUCGGAACAGCUGCCGCAUCAUUCAAAGCGACGCCCUGCAGCUGCACCGGCGAACAUUCCACACCGACCGGCCGACCGCCGGCUCUCGAUGGCGACAAUGCAGAGCAGUUCGACAAGGAGCUGGCUCUUCCUGAGUGGUGGAUGGGUAUCACAAAGCUACGGAAGCGCAUAGCGGAGCGUGCAAACGGACAUGUGCUGGAGUUAGCAAUGGGCACAGGGCGAAACUUGGAGUACUUCGACUGGGAGCCAUUGACCCUGCGUGCAGAGGGUAAGGCUGGUGGUGCCAGACUACCAAAGGGCGUGGUGUCGUUUACCGGUCUCGAUAUUUCGGUUGAUAUGAUGGAUGUUGCUCGAAAGCGACUCGUCAAGACUGUUCCGCCCAUGGAGAACUCUGCUCCCAUCGUCCGCGCAUCUACCAUGGCCGAUCACACCGGAGGUCAACUCUCGUAUCUCGAUUCCCAGCUCCGAUUAAUUCACUCCGACGCUCACCACCCGAUUCCCGGUCCCGCGACUCCCACGACGACGAAAUACGAUACAGUUAUACAGACCUUCGGUUUAUGUUCAGUGUCAGACCCCGUCGCUGUAGUCAAUAAUUUGGCCAAGGUUGUAAAGCCAGGGUCAGGCCGUAUCAUUCUGCUCGAACAUGGCAAGGGUUGGUACGGUAUUGUCAACGGACUACUCGAUAAGAAUGCCGGCAAACAUUUCGAAAAGUAUGGAUGUUGGUGGAAUCGCGACAUCGAGGGCUUAGUCGAAGAGGCCGUCGCUAAAACACCAGGCCUUGAAAUCGUCAAGGUCGAGCGGCCCAACAUAAUGCAAAUGGGCACAUUGGUUUGGGUCGAGUUGAAGGUCAACGACAAAGCCUCAUGACGACUCAACACAUGACAUAAUGCAAAUGAUUGAUAUGAAAGGAAUGAGAUGGGUUGUAGAAUAUAGGGAGACGUAUGUACAGUAUUCAGAAAGUCGAAGCACUAUGAGCGGCAUUGCAUUUUUAGAUCCCCAGCUUCCGCAUCCUUUUUUGACGCCAAAUUAUCAAAACCAUGGGAUGCUAUGAUCCCUUUUCCAGGUGUUCCAAUCCCGGUCCGAACCAAAAUCAAACCAAAACACCA